AUGGACCGAAAUCCUGAAGUGUCUUCAUUCCUCGAGGAAGAGGAAAGAUUGGCUAAAUUCGGCAGGAGGGAUAAAGAGUCAUCUUCGCCAAUUGUAAGUCUCCACGAUUUUAUAUAUCGACAAAUCUCGUUAAUACUUUUUUCCUCUUUCAGCUUGGAACUCCAGAAGGAACUCUGCCUGGAAGUGGGAGUCAAUAUCUCAGACGAGUUCCCAUGGAAGCUGAUGAAGAAGGAAAUUCUUGAGGACUAUCUCACCGAUAACCACCCAGAAACUGAGAUCCUUCGUAACAAACUCAACCAAAUGGACAGUGAGAGUGUUAUUCUGGUUGGAUACCUCUCUGACUUUGCUGAGGAAGGAACAUUCGUGGUCUACGAUGAUGCAGAAUCGGCCAGAACAGCUUCACGAGUCAUUGAACAGCUGGAAGCUCUGCAGAGACAUCGACUUAAGCGGAGACUCACCAAAGUCCCGGGGAAAUGGGAGUGCCUGGGCAGCGACAAGGAAGUCAACGAGUACGCUCCUCGUGUCCGUGAGAACAUGGUCAACGUCCAGAUUCAGAGCAUUUAUCCUGUGCGACAGAAUCGCGAAAUAAAGCUCCAGCAGAGACUGUGUGACGACGCCAGAGAUGGAUAUGUUGAAUUGGUGGCUGGAAAGAAAGAAUUCGACAACAUCUACAAGUCUCGAAUUGAUACAUUCAUCCAGUGCGCUCCCAUGAAAGUGCAUCUGGAGCAGCAGACGGAUCCCACUUUUCCCACAAACGCCUGGUCACAGUACAUUUAUGUGAUAGAGCGCGAGAGGAGGGAACAAUUGGAAGCUGAACUGAAGGCAAAGGCUGAAGAGGACGCAGAAGCAGAGGAAGAACAAGGCGAAGAGCAAGAAGGGGAAGAAGAGAAGGUCCAGGAAGUUAAGCCCAUUGUCUUGUCAUCGAAGAUGAAGGAAUUCUUGGAAGCGCUGGAGUUUAAUCAAAUCGACAUGUACCGAAAUGACUACAUUUUAGCCAGAUCGAAGCGUUUGGCGCCUUUUAAAGUUCCUCAGCUCAGUGAAAAGUUCUGUUUUGCAGACAUUACUAAGACUUCCGGACGCAGAGUUCACUGCAUUGAGUGGCAUCCAACGCUAUCAGGCAUAUUCGUGGCUUCUUACACCUUCGAUACGCCAUCAGUGAAGAUUUCCACUGCUGAUAACACCGAUAUGGUCAAUAGAAUUGUUCUGCAGCCAAAUUAUGUUCUCAUGUGGAGCUUUGACAACACAUUAUCACCCAAAUUACAACUAGAGGCACCACGAGAAGUGAGUGUGCUGUCCUUCUGUCCCUUUGACCCCACAAUCCUAGUCGGUGGUCUCAUCAAUGGACAAAUUAUUAUUUGGGAUCUCAAAGAUAAACUGAAAGAGUGCGAAUCCGAGGAGACUUUAACGCCCAAUCAAGUGAAAAACCGGGAACUGAUGAGAGAAUUCUUGCGAUGGACAAACACCAAGCAUCAGUAUUUAUUUAUUCGCAGAGCAUUAAUCAGCUCUAUUGAUCACUCUCAACAAGGCCAGAUAACAGGAAUUCGCUGGCUCAAUUCUCGCCACUUGAUAACCACAGGUGGACAGAUGAAAGAGGAUGACAAAGAGAAUAGAUUCUUCGUGACAUCAUCUCUGGAUGGAACUGUGGCUUUCUGGGAUCUCAUGCACCCUGAAAGGUGCAUCGAUAGAAAGACACCAGUGAAGAGGAAGCAAUUAAAUCUCCCAGCAAGCAUCUCUGAAGGGUUAUCUGAACUCGCAAAGUACGAUAGGAUUUAUCGGCCAGAAAACAUGAUCAGUGUGAAGAAGCCCAUCUCGGCAAUGAUCUUCAGUGAUGCUCUGUUCAAAUGGGAACCCUUGGGAUCAGUGUUCAAUAAGCCACUAACAGUGCGAAUUCCAUUCAGAGGCGUUCCUCUUCCGCCUCUGAAGAUCGAGCCUCGAGUGCAAAUUGAUGAGGAGGAGGAAAUUGAGGAAGAUCUCAAUCCCUUGAAUUUCUUCCACGUCUCCACGAGUUUUGGGGAGAUUUUCGAAGUGAGAUGGAAAGGUCACGAAGCUGAUCCUCAAGCUGUGAUCAGUCGCGAUCAGGGAAAUCUCAGCCAGACUUUCGCCUCGGUUCACGAUGGACCAAUUGUGGCACUGGAGAGGAAUCCCUUCAUCCCUGACGUCGUGCUCUCCAUCGGAACAAGGGUCCUGGCCAUCUGGCGAACAGACACUCCACUCAAUCCCAUUUACUAUCGCCGCCGUCCUGCAACUCUCGUAUCGGCAAAGUGGAGCGUGAGACGAGCUGCUGUGUUCUUUGUCACACGAGACGAUGGCGACAUUGAGGUGUGGGACUUGCUCAAUCAAACUCAGUCGCCGACACUUGUGUCCAGCGUGGGCAGCCAGAUCGUGACGACAAUAGUGCAACAGAGGCUGCCACUGAUGCAGGAUGUCGUCGCCAUAGGCGACUUCAAUAGCAACAUACGCAUUCUCGUCAUUCCACCAACACUCGCGACUGCCACACCUGACGAAGUCAAUCUCCUCGAUCGUCUAAUUGCCGAUGAAAUUGAUCGCCGCAGGCACCUAGCGCAGUUGCAGGCGGAAUGGUUUGCCGCCAAUGAAGACAUUAUCGUAGCGAAGCGGCAGUUGGAGUUGGAGGCACGCGAGGCGGAAGAGAGACGUCAGCGUCUGGCCAGAGACCAGGAGGACUUGAGGCGGGUGCGCGAGGAGAAGGAGGCGCGCAGGCGGGCGCUGAGAGACAAGAAGAAGAUCACCUUCGACCUGCCACAGCAGCUCAAUCGAAAGUGGGACGAGAUGAAUUUGAUGAGACUCAUGAAAAUGAUAAUGACGAUGAAGAAAUACAAUCCCGAUCAGGUGGCACAGCAAAUUGCACCAGAAAAGGAGAGAUUGGAGUAUGAGAGGAUUAAGAAGGUCAUCAUAAGGCAGUCCUUUGCGAAAAUCGACGAGGAACUCAUUGAUAUAAGGAGGAGAUUGAUGCCAGUGCAAGAGACACUAGUCGAUCGUCGAACUCUGAUUAAAGAUCUCCUGGAGGAGAUUUUGACACAGAAAUUCGAUUACAACACAUUUCAGGAAGAAACCCUCAAGGAAAUUUCUCUCUACCAAAAGAAUGCCAAUUUGAGCUUCAACGAUAUCAUGGCCAGAGGUCGAAAGAGCCGCGAGGUGAUUGAGAAAAGCUUCGGAAAUACACUCCAUCAGGAUUUAUAUGAAGAGCAGAAGAGAUUUCGCCACGGCAUUAAGAAAUCCACUCAGGAUUCGGCAUCGCGAGUGGAGUCUUCAAGAGCAAGUCGUCGCGCUCGAUCAGUCACAUUUCCCGAUGACGUUAAAUCUGAGGAGUAA